AUGGAGUUACAUGUUAUGACCAACACAUUGGACUACGAAGUGGAGACACUCUCUGGUAGAAAGAUCUCUGUUCAUUCAGAGAACAACGAGAGAGUUGGAGCACUCAGACAGAGAAUCGCCUCAGAGUACGAGUACGACGGUGAGGUCGGUUCAGACUUCACUUUGUUGCACGAGGGUCGCGAGCUGGCCGACGACGACGUCGUCACCGAGUCACUGGUCAAGGACACCGUCCAGAUCCGCAGAACUACAUACUCCUGUCUCGUCGAGCACAUCAUUGCUCCCUUCCCCACCUGGCAAAAGUGGGUGGCGCGCGUCGGUUGCGUCAUCUUUGCCGCCUUCUUCAUCUCUGCCCUUGCCCAAGUCUCCUUCUACCUGCCACACGACACUGACCGCAAGGUCCCCGUCACACUCCAGACUCUGGCCGUCUUCUUGAUCGGCUCGCUGCUCGGCUGGAAGAUGGGUCCACUCGCUAUCAUCGUCUACAUGAUCAUGGGUCUUGCUGGCGCUCCCUUCUUUGCCAAGCACGCCGGUGGCUACAAGGUCCUGUACGGUGCCAGCUCUGGUUACCUUUACGGAUUUAUCUUGGCGGCCUUCAUCGUCGGCUUCAUGGCCGAGCGCGGCAACGACAGAGUGUACGCCUUCCGCUGGCGCUCAUCUCUGAUAGCAAUGCUGUUGGGCGAGGUUGCCAUCUACGUGAUUGGUGUGCCCGUGCUCGCCAAGUACGUCGGCUGGAACAAGUGCAUCCAGCUGGGUCUCACCCCAUUCCUGGUUGGCGAUGUGCUCAAGAUCAUCAUUGCUGCCGUGCUCAUCCCAUUGAUUUGGAAGCUGUUGGCCUUCAUCUUCAACAGACAGUUCACCUUCAAAGCUGGCGUUGCUUUGUUCAAACCAAGACUCCAUUAA